UUGAUCUCACCUACACGUGUAGAAUUUCUACCAAUUUAAAUUUAUAUAUGUUUAUUAUGAAAAUAUCUGGUCGUUGUAAUUUGUUAUGAUAACAGUUUUAGUUUAUUAGUAUUUAGUCAAAAGUGUAAAAUUAGAUUUUGAAUGUUUCCAGUAGUACGUAAUAAUUAACAUGUCAAGUACUGCAAGUCAUUCUAUCUAUCAAAAUAUCGAGCUCCAACGAACUAAUGGAAUUCCAGAAGAUAUGCCACCAUCUUAUAGUGAAGCUAUGGCUUCAGCACAUAGUUGGAAGGUUCCUGUACAACAAUCGCUGAAAUCUAUAUCAGAAAAUCCAAAUAACGCAAUACAUAUAUCAGUGAUUGAGACACCUCCGUCUCUUUUAACUAUAGUAACACCAUCACCAAUGCAAGUCAAUUCUGAUCAUUCCUACGACAAUGUCAAUUUUUCGAAUGAUCCAUCAGAAACGAUCACGAAUCAAUCGAGUAUUUCAACGAAUGAUUUAGAUGCAAAAAGAUAUGCCGAUGAACGAGUUAAUAGCCUAGAACAGAAUAAUACCAAUAGUAAUAAUAAUAAUGACGACUGUUGCAAAAACCCACAAGACUUAUUUCUGGGUUGUUUAUGCUGUAUAGACUUUUGCAGAUGUCUUUUGAUUUGUUUCGAGUGUGCAAUGAUUUCACAAUGCUAAGAAGUUUCAUAACAAGAUUGAUAUAAAGUAAUAUAUUUUUUAGAUAUUUGUACUUCGAAAUUACAUGUUACUGAGAAUAGUUUAUAAAAAAAAUUGUCGCUCAUAAAAAGUAUGCAUUUCUCUUUUUUUAUAAUAAUAUUUAUCUAUCGCGUGAUAAUAAGCAAAGAAAAUGCUAUCUAUAAGCUAGUAUAACAACAACUAUUUUCAGAACAACUACUACGAAUUGUUUGCUCUUUUUUAUAUGAGCGGACAAUUAAGCAUCUGAUUCAUCGAUAUUUGUGUGUAUCAUAAAAAUGUUAAAUGAUCAAUUGUUAAGCUUACUUUUACUCGUCACAUCUUGUAGUUAAAAUGUAUAGAUAAUGAAAAUGAGAAUUAUGAAAGUGUCGAGCUCUAACAAACUUAGCACAGAGGCUUUUCUACCUCAGUUCAAUAAGCCAUGACCUCAGCACAUGGACUGAAAAUUUUUUUUAUACCUGCCACAAUCACCGGAUUCUAAAUUAGAAAACCUAUGUAUCGCACCACGCAUGUCAGUUAUUGAAACAGAUGUGUCUUUUUAACAGUAGUAUUACCGCACAACAUAUCAAUACCAAUAGUUAUAAUAAUAAAUGCUACAGUCAAGAAGCUUCUGUUUUGAAUUUUUUGGUCUAUAUAUACGUUUAUCAUUGUCUUCCGCU